AUGGCAGACUACGACGACGCCUACGAAGAUGAGUUUUACGACGACGCGGAUGAGACCAUCACUUCGGAGGACUGCUGGACCGUGAUUUCUUCGUUCUUCGAUACGAAGGGUCUCGUGUCUCAGCAGCUGGAUUCUUUCGAUGAGUUCGUUUCCUCUACGAUGCAAGAGCUGGUGGAGGAACAAAAUGCAGUUUCCCUCGACCAGACGGUCGCUCCGGAUGACGAUGAAAUCGAUCCGGUCGUCAUGCGACGUUAUGAACUCAAGUACGGAACCAUCAUGCUGUCGCGACCCUCAGUGACCGAAAGUGACGGUGCGACGACGAUCAUGUUGCCCCAAGAGGCUCGCCUUCGAAACCUUACCUACGCCAGUCCGCUCUAUCUGAACGUUACGAAGAAAAUCAUGGAGGGCCGGGAGAGGAUGGUUGGCGAUGACGAGCAGGAUGAUGGCGACGAGGAUCGCAAGGAUCGUGGCAAAUACUUGCACUGGGAGGAGAGGGAGCUUCCUGAGGGACAGCGAAAGGAGGAUACAGUGUUCAUUGGCAAGAUGCCCAUCAUGCUAAAGUCCAAGUACUGUAUCCUGAAGGACUUGAACGAGCCUUCCCUCUACGCCUGGAACGAGUGCCCUUACGACUCUGGCGGUUACUUCAUCAUCAACGGAAGUGAGAAGGUUCUGAUCGCGCAGGAGCGCAGUGCUGGAAACAUCGUUCAGGUAUUCAAGAAGGGUGCCCCCAGCCCAACACCCUACGUUGCCGAAAUCCGAAGCGCCGUCGAGAAGGGUUCGCGACUCCUAUCGUCACUCGCUCUCAAGCUGUUCGCCAAGGGCGACAGCGCCAAAGGCGGAUUUGGCCCGACUAUUCGUUCGACUCUCCCCUACAUCAAGGCCGACAUUCCUAUCGUGGUUGUUUUCCGAGCGCUCGGUGUCGUUUCCGAUGAAGAUAUCCUCAACCACAUUUGCUACGACCGCACUGAUAUCCCCAUGCUGGAGAUGCUCAAGCCGUGUAUUGAGGAAGGUUUCGUCAUUCAGGACCGAGAAGUUGCCCUGGACUUCAUUGCCAAGCGUGGUUCAUCUCAGUCCAACCUGAACCAUGAAAAGCGUGUUCGAUACGCCCGAGAUAUUAUGCAGAAGGAGUUCCUCCCGCAUAUCUCGCAGGACGAAGGAAGUGAGACACGCAAGGCCUUCUUCCUGGGUUACAUGGUUCACCGCCUGCUCCAAUGUGCCCUUGGUCGCCGCGACGUUGACGACCGUGAUCACUUUGGAAAGAAGCGUCUUGACCUGGGUGGUCCCCUACUGGCCAACCUCUUCCGUACCCUUUUCACUCGUGUCACUCGGGACCUCGCGCGCUACACUCAUCACUGCGUCGAUAACAACCGCGAGAUCUACCUGAACAUCGGCCUCAAGGCGGCUACUUUGACUGGUGGUCUGAAGUAUGCUCUUGCCACCGGUAACUGGGGUGAGCAAAAGAAGGCAGCCAGCGCCAAGGCUGGUGUGUCCCAAGUACUGUCUCGAUACACCUUCGCGUCCUCGUUGUCUCACCUGCGUCGAACCAACACUCCCAUCGGCCGUGAUGGUAAAAUUGCCAAACCCCGUCAGCUCCACAAUACCCACUGGGGUUUGGUCUGCCCUGCCGAAACACCUGAAGGACAGGCUUGCGGUCUCGUCAAGAACUUGGCACUCAUGUGCUACAUCACUGUUGGUACUCCUGGUGAGCCAAUCGUUGACUUUAUGAUUCAGCGAAACAUGGACGUCUUGGAGGAGUUCGAACCUCAGGUUUCGCCGAAUGCGACCAAGGUCUUCGUGAAUGGUGUCUGGGUUGGCGUUCACCGCGACCCAAAUCAUCUGGUCAACACCAUGCUGUCUUUGCGUCGGCGCAACAUGAUUUCCCAUGAAGUCAGCUUGAUUCGGGAUAUCCGUGAGCGCGAGUUCAAGAUCUUCACUGAUACCGGACGUGUCUGUCGCCCCCUGUUCGUGGUCGACAAUGACUCCAAGAGCGCAAACCCGGGAUCUCUGGUCCUCAACAAGGAUCAUAUCCGCAAGCUGGAGGCGGACAAGGAGCUGCCACCAGAUAUGGACGUCGAAGAGCGCCGAAAGCUUUAUUUCGGAUGGGAGGGUUUGGUUCGAUCCGGCGCUGUUGAAUAUGUCGACGCAGAGGAGGAAGAAUCCCUCAUGAUUGUGAUGACUCCCGAAGACUUGGAGAUCCAUAAGCAGGCUUCAGCUGGGUAUGCGAUUCCUGAGGAGGAGAACCCUGACCCGAACAAGCGAGUCCGCUCGACUCUGACCCAGCGCGCCCACACCUGGACACACUGUGAGAUCCACCCCAGCAUGAUUCUGGGUGUUUGUGCCAGUAUCAUUCCAUUCCCGGAUCACAACCAGUCACCCCGUAAUACCUACCAGUCUGCAAUGGGUAAGCAGGCUAUGGGAGUUUUCCUCACCAAUUUUUCACAACGCAUGGAAACUAUGGCGAACAUUCUUUACUACCCUCAGAAGCCACUCGCCACCACUCGGUCUAUGGAGUUCCUACGCUUCCGCGAGCUGCCCGCCGGCCAGAAUGCCAUUGUCGCCAUUGCUACGUACUCUGGUUACAACCAAGAAGAUUCCGUUAUUAUGAACCAGAGCAGUAUCGAUCGCGGUCUGUUCCGGAGUCUGUUCUACCGUACCUACACCGAGACCGAGAAGAAAGUCGGUUUAUCGCUUGUCGAGCGGUUCGAGAAGCCCCUGCGGUCCGAGACCAUUAAUAUGCGCCAAGGAACUUACGAUAAGCUCGACGAUGACGGUAUCAUCGCUCCUGGUGUCCGAGUGUCCGGUAAUGAUGUUAUCAUCGGAAAGACCGCCCCCCUGGCACCUGACGCGGAAGAACUGGGCCAGCGAACCAAGAACCACAUCAAGAUUGAUGCCUCCAGUACACUGCGAUCCACAGAGAAUGGUAUUGUGGAUCAGGUCCUGCUUACCACCACCAACGACGACCUCACGUUCGUCAAGGUCCGCAUGCGUACCACCAAGAUCCCCCAGAUUGGUGAUAAGUUCGCCUCCCGUCACGGUCAGAAAGGUACUAUUGGUAUCACCUACCGACAGGAGGACAUGCCCUUCACCCGCGAAGGUGUUGUGCCCGAUAUUAUCAUCAAUCCCCACGCCAUUCCCUCUCGUAUGACUAUUGCUCACUUGAUCGAGUGUCAGCUAAGCAAGGUAUCUGCCCUCCGUGGCUUCGAGGGUGAUGCCACGCCCUUCACGGACGUGACGGUCGACUCUAUCUCCCGUCUGCUCCGGGAGCACGGCUACCAGUCUCGCGGUUUCGAAGUCAUGUACAACGGCCACACCGGCCGGAAGCUGGUCGCGCAGGUCUUCCUGGGCCCAACCUACUACCAGCGUCUGCGCCACAUGGUCGACGACAAGAUCCACGCCCGUGCCCGUGGUCCUACCCAGAUCCUGACCCGCCAGCCUGUGGAGGGUCGUGCCCGUGAUGGUGGUCUGCGUUUCGGAGAGAUGGAACGUGAUUGCAUGAUUGCACACGGUGCAAGUGCUUUCUUGAAGGAGCGUCUCUUCGAUGUCUCUGAUCCGUUCCGCGUCCACAUUUGCGAUGACUGCGGCCUGAUGACCCCGAUUGCCAAGCUUAAGAAGGGUCUUUUCGAGUGCCGCCUGUGCAACAACAAGCACCGCAUUUCGCAGGUGCACAUUCCUUAUGCGGCCAAGCUCUUGUUCCAGGAACUGGCCUCGAUGAACAUUGCUGCUCGGAUGUUUACCAACCGAUCUGGAGUCUCCGUUCGUUAG